CAUACCAUGGUUUAUGUACUUGGCAUUUGAUGCAAAAUGUCUUAAAACAUCUUGGUCAUUUGAUGAAGAAUGGUUCUAAUUUGUUGAGAGACAUUAAGUUUUGUAUGUACAAAUAUCUAGAAGCAGCUGAUUUUGAAAGAGCAUGGGAUAAAAUGGUUGAUGAUUAUAAACUUGAUGUAAUUGACUGGACAUCAAGUUUGUAUAAAAUAAAAGAGAAGUGGGCUAAAUGCUACAUGAAAAAUGCUAUGAGUAUUGGCAUGCGAAGCACACAACUCAGUGAAAGCUUCAAUGCAGACUUGAAAACUUGUUUGAACCUAGACUUGGACAUCAUCCAGUUUUUCAAACACUUUGAUAGAGUGGUCAAUGAUAAAAGAUAUAAUGAGUUGCAAUGUGAAUUUGAAUCUAGGCAAAAAUUACCAAGGUUGAAAAUGGAGUAUUCACCUUUAUUGCAACAAGCUGCACACACAUAUACAUUACAAUUGUUUGAUCUUUUUCAAAAAGAAUAUGACAAAUACUCUGCAGCUUAUAUAAAAGAAAGAAAAGAAGGUGAAAUUACUCUGGAAUUCUUGAUUGGUAUGUGUAAUGAGGAUGAAGAGUUUAAGGUUUUGUUUGGUCCUUCCGCUGGCACAAUUUCAUGUAGUUGUAGAAAGUUUGAGACUUUUGGCAUUUUGUGUUGUCAUGCAAUCAAGGUUCUUGACGUGAAUGAUAUCAAGUCAAUACUUAAUCAAUAUAUUUUGAAAAGGUGGACAAGGGAAGCAAAGAUUGGAUGUGUGAAAGAUACACAUGGAAGAAAUGUCCAGGAAGAUGUUAACCUUGAUAGUGCACAAUGGUAUAGAGAGGUUUGUCCUAAGUUAGUGAGAAUAGCUACAAGUGCAUCUGAUUGUAAGGAAGCACGUAUCUUUGUGGAAAACGCUAUAAGGGAGUUGAGUAAGCAAGUUUACGAUAUUUGUGGCAAGAAUUUGGAAUUGGUAAACGACGAGGCUGAUGCUAGUCCUACUUUAUGUGUCCCAAAUACCAAUCAGCAAAAUCUACAAGGCAAAGGCUUAAAAAGAAGGACUGGUGUGAAAAUUUUUAGAAAGCGUCCAAAGAGUCGUAUUGAAAGGCAAUCAAAGAAGAAAAGAGGGGGUCAAAUGUCCAAUACUUCACAAAAUAGGGGGAAGGAAAACGUUGAUUCAAAUGGCAUGUUUGGUGUGUCAAGUUCACAACCCCUUUAGUUUGUUUCAAAUAUUCAUGCUUAUGGAGGGAAUGAAAAAGUUGUUUCAAACGGCAUGUUUGGUGUGUCAAGUUCACAACCCCUUCAAUUUGUUUCAAACUCUCAUGGUUUUACUACAUUAUUAAUGGAACCACAAAAUGAUUCUUAUCUUCUUCAUCCAUUAAGUGUUGACUUUCACCAAGUUUCAAAUCACAUGUCAGAAUGGCUUCCUCAACCACAUCGAGAGAGUUGAUCACAACCCCUACAUAAUUUGAGUUUUUGAAGCAGAGUAUUGUGUAUUUGGGUCUGCUUGCAUGAUUCACUAGUGUAUUUGGCUUUUUGUUAGUGGAUUGGUCUGUGAUUUGUCUAUAUUUUGUACAUCACUAGUGUGUAUUUAGUGGAACUUGUCAAACUUUUGUCUAUCUUGAAGUUGUACCAACACUUUUAUUUUGAAUGUUUCAUAUGCAAGAAGUGUUGACAAGCAGAUAAAU